UCGCAGGAGAACUUUUCUCAGUUGUACGCUGGACGGAGCUGUUUCAUAACCUUUUCCCGAGUCAAGUCGUUGUGAAGUAACUAUCCUAAUCAUCCCUUCUGACCUCAAAAAUCACAAAAAAGGAAAAUGUUUUUGCCACCCUGACCUGAGUGACAGAAGCGGAUCAUUUAAAGGACUUUUUCGAUGCAUGUAGUAGAAAAAUGUGACAGUUUUUUUUAACAAAGUGUUGACCAACAGCGGCGGCUAUAGUUCUUGAGUAUCCAGUGAUGUGAAAAUUUCAAUUUAAAUUCGAGAAAGUAGAUACGAGGCGAAAAUAUUUGUGUUCUAGCAUAUCGAUUUUCUCUCGAAUGUUAUCCGUGUCCGCACCGAAAUUCUGAAAACGGAAAAAAUGUCAGUGCCGAGAAAUCAUUACAUUUUUCGUAUUGAAAAAUUAUUUGUUCAGUGAGUAAAUAGAAAAAAAAACUGCUUCGUACUACGGCAACUACUAGAUUUUUUUCCAGUAUCGGAAAAUAAGUAAUGAACUGUCAAAAACAGUCCUGUCCUGUUCGGAAGCAUGGAAAUAAUUGCUCGACUGUCAAAUUUUAACUGAAAGCAACAAUAAUUCGCAGGAUGGCCCACAGUCCAAAAGUGUAGAAGAGGGGAACCAGUAGCAAUCAUCCUUCAAAUACAACAUGUCAACAUAAACAAGUCUUACGAAUGCAUAUGUUACCCUCAUGUCGCUAAGUACCGAUAAAACAGUUUCAAAGCGUCUGUAGCGAUUUCCGGGAAGCCUGGAACUUCUACUGUAAAACCCUGACCCGCCAAAAUAAAAAUUAAUGAACGUAAUUUAAUUUGCUGGCGGGAAUGGUGGCGAGGCGACAGCACAAAAACAGUACUUCAAAAGAAAAGAAUUGGCUAUUCAGGACCGAGAGUCACCGAAAUAUCAUGCCGCAACAAAUUACGGCAAUUGAUUGAAAAGAUACGCACGAGCGAGCGGGUCGUACUUUACCAUCCUCCCUUUGAAUAGCUUGCAGUUUUAAUGGAAAAACAAUAGCCACUUUCUAGCAGGAGUGAAGUAGUUAAAAAAAAGCCGGUCAACAUAAAAAAAACAUAACCAGUACGGGAGUCGCAGACGUGAGUGGACGAUGUGUAUGAAUAGCCCCAAUUCAAUGAACGAGACAGUUGGAGUGGUCGGAAGAGUGUCGAUGCUCUAGUGAAGUUGGGCACAACGAGUGUUAGUUAUAUAAUAAACAUCCGUAGUAACCAGUGCUCGAACGAAUCGUAAGUUUACCGGUGGUCCACCGAACGCCAACCAACCCCGAUGUAGUGUUACGGCUAGGUGGCGAAUGAAUGAAAAUGUAUUAAUUUGUUUGUGGAAUGCGAUGUAUCAGGAUGUGAACAAGUGUGUGUAAGCUGGAUAAAAGCACAGAUCAAGUAUGUUGAAAAUUUUUCCAUAGGUUUGAAUUUUAGACUGCAGAUCAAUACGUGAAGAACUAAUUAAAAAGAAGUUAGUACUUUUGAAAUCAAAAUAGUACGACCACGGAACUGUGAAUUGGAUAAAGUAAGAAUCGGUUUGUCGUACAUUUGUAUGUAGAUAACGGAAAACCAUUAGAGUAGAAAUGGUUGAAUAUUGGCAAAAAUAACUGAUCCAAUUCACUAUUUAAUGCACAUGGAAAUGAAAACGAUGUAUAGAAUUUAUUGUAACUCCCAUAUUGAUUCAAAUUGAAAUUAUUGCCAGAUGCUCGUAGGCUGAAGAAAACGACCAAUAUUUGCCACCGUUACAAUGUUUGUGGGUGUGCUUUUUGCUCAGUUGGACGAAACAAUCUAUUCACAUCAAAUCGGAUUGGAAUGAAACAAAUCGAACACGUGUGUCUAUAAACUCUGUCAUUAAAAUAUCGGACAAGUCACGUUUCGAAACGAUUGUUGUGAAUUUGAUCUGCAAAAUAGGCACGGUGCUGUUGAGUUGCAACUAUGGCACCGACAUCGUGUGGCCCCGGGAGGCCACCACCCCCGAUCGGACGGUUGAAGAUCCGAUCGAUAGGACCGUUGCGAACGACACUGGUUAAUUGGCUCUUACUGACAAUGAUGACGUUGCUGAUGGUGAAUCUUCGGGUCAUCAAUGCCGAGAAAACGAAAGCUUAUCACAUGGAUUCAAUCUGUAAAAAUCACUUUCUACAACAACUGUAUAGAAAGAUAGAUGGUGCUACCCUCUCAUCUAAGAACGAGAGAAACCUAAACUGCGUUAUUACAUUUCAAACGCACUCGAUACUGCAGAGGUUUAUGUUACGUUUCGAUAUGCUACAAUUAGACUGUAACGAUCAUUUAUAUGUAUAUGACGGAGCACAUGCUGUCGGUACACAUAAGGCGGAUUUAUCUUGUAAGGACACAAAACAAUCAAUAGGUGCCCUGUUCACCAAAACGAACUUUCUCACCUUCAAAUACGUGACCGAUAACUGGGGCACGGAAACAAAUGGUUUCAAAAUGGUUAUAACCUCCGUCAAAGAUUCUAAAAUGAACUGUGCUGACUUUCGGUGCACCCAACCGGAAUUCUGCAUACAUCAAGAUUUAUUGUGCGACGGGGUAAACCAUUGUGCGGACGGAUCGGAUGAAACCGUGGGUUCGUUGUGUCCUGCACCGAACGAGUAUAUCAGGACGAUCUUCGGAGUCGAUCUGACGUGGAUCAUCCUGAUUGGUGUGAGUAGUUUGGUGGUGUGUGGGUGCAUCGUGGGCGUGACAAUAUGUGUCUAUCUGAGAAGCUCGCGCCCAGGAGGGGUACCCAAUCAGCUAAACUCAUCGAUACAAUUAAAUCAGAUGAUAGAAUCAAACGGUUCGUCGAAACAUCUGCAUGCAACACUGCCGCGGGAAACAACAACGCUACCUGCUUCGGGAAACUUGCAUCACCCUGCGGGACCAUUAGGGUACCUCCGCAUUCCACACAAAUUGAUGGCCAAAGUCCGUCCCAUUUGGUGCCUGGCAAAUUAAGACAAUUAGGUCCGGAUUUAUCACAGCAAACCUCACAGAAAGACGAGUGGUUUGUCUAGAGCUAGACAGGAAACACAUAGAGCAACAAAAAUGAAAAUCACCAAAAAAUCAUAGGGAAAUUCUUGCAAAUAAACAAAAGUAUCGGAAACGAUCGCCAACAUUAGUUCGAGCUGAGAACCGAAGAGGGAAGAAACAAAACAAAUACAACAACGUGCAGCGGAAAACAACAGCAGAAAAAAAGAAAAAAAUAACAGCGGCAAAACAUCAGCAUCUAAAACCAACUGAGAUAGCAGCAAGAAGAUCGGAACGAGCACUCAUUCGAAAAUCAACUAACAACAACAGAAAAAAAAUCACGAUCAUCACGCGAAGCGCUUGUGAAAACAUUCUUCUUACCACCAACAUACAUUCAAAAAUGCUUCUUUUUUCACGUUGGGACUGAAAAUGGCUCAUAGUAGCACUUUAAACGAUGAUGCUGUUGGAAAUUAGAGACUCGAAGAAAAAUAACGACACUCAUCCCAGCUACGUGAAACGAGUAUCAUUAGUGAGAGUCAGCGAAAAGAACAGCAAGCAGAAGAACAAUACUGAGGCAAAAUGGAGGGCAAAAUUUUACCAACAAACAGAAAAUGAGGAAACUCAACGAAAAAGAAAAAUUAACAAAAUCAUCCAUUCCGAAAACCGAGCAAAUCAUACACAAUUGGAGAAUAAUUUUUGGCACUAUAUGAAGACUGUCUGGUUGGUCAUCAAAAACCGCGCAGGGUGUAUAUUCAAAAGGGAGUAUCAGUGUACCCAAUAUCUAGCAAUUACCUGUAAAUAGCUGAACAGCAGAAACAAAUGUACUAUGAAUAGGAUGUAAAUGAAGAUUGACCGACUAACAGAAUGAUUGAUAGGUUGAAUGCAAAUGAAUAUAAGCUACAAAUAAAAAGAUUCGUCUAAUUUACAAAUUAUUGGUAAGAUGACAGGAAAAAAAACGAAAAAACUAAAAAACUAAACAAAUUUCAAUGUUAAUAUAAUGUAGCGAAAAUAGUAAAAUCGAAUCGAUACUCAGUGGAAAGAGUGCAAAGCGGUUUGCACAGCAGGAAAGGAAUAUUUGAACCUUGCUUCGAAAAGAAUGCAAUAAUUAACAUAAUUGACAAAUAAUUGAUAAUAUAUUUAUGACUCGAUCAUUUCAACGAUUCCAAAGCCUGAACUGAAAAAUUAUUCAUUUUAUUUAUUUGGAUUUAGAACCAACAUAAGCAAACAAGUUUACAAUACGAGACAAUAUUUGAGUUGAUGUUCGGCUACUGAUGACACAGGACACCGAAUUAUUUAUGAAGACAAAGGCAAUAAACUGGACCGAAAUCGAGGAUGCUGCCACUGAGAAUUUAAUCUGUUUGAAGAGAGGCAACUAAGGAAACUAAUUAAUUUCAUAGAAACUUUUCAGCUAUUUCACUGACUAAGAAAAAACAAAUUCUGGUAAGCAUUGCAGUUAAUGUAAAAGAUUGCAGUUAAUUGUCCCGGGUUGGCGGUUUAAUGUAUAGGGCACUGGUCUUACAAAUCAGUUGUCGUAUGUUCGAGCCCUGACCUGGAAGGAUUCGUAGUGUCAGUAGAAUCGUAGCACCAGCUUAUGCAAUGGGUCUGUACACUGUGGAAUCGGCUGCGAAGUCUGUUGAAGCAGAAGGUCAAAUUCCACUACAGGAAUGUAAUACCCCAAGGCUUUGCUUUUUAAUUUUUUGAAUCGAUCGCCAGAAGUGAAAGUGAGGCGAAUGAGGUUGCCUAGAAGGAUAACGUGUGAUGCUAUUCAAGGAAAUGAAUGGUGCGAAUGAAUCAUUUCGAGAGAUUCUGAUGUUUAUAUAAAUUGUUCCACAGCUAGUAAUGAUACAAAAUAUUUUAUACUUCAGGAUACCGCUUGCAUCAAGAUUGAUUGUCAGCAGAAAAUUGAAGUCAACAAAGUUGAAUAAAUGGAACGUGGGACGUUUUCAAUCAUAAAAUUGUAAUAAUUAUUCCAUACUUCGGUUUCGUACAUUGAAGGAUCGUGACUCAAAAAAAUUGACUUUAAACAUGGUUUUUAUUUGAAAACGUCCGUUUAAUAAAAAAAACUAUAUUUCACUGCGUUUAUAAAAUUUCUAGAUUAUGAAUGACAAAAAAUAUUGACAGAGUAGAUAAUCGAUGCUAACAUUUUUUUUAACAUUCAAACAUUAAUUACACCAUACGGGACAGCAAACUGUAUUAUUGAAGUAAAUGUACACAUGAAUUUUGUAGUGAGGAUCUCACUUUCUAAAUUACCCGUAAUAUUCGCAAAUGUGUAAAUCGUACAAUCUUUUUAUCAUUCUCAUAUAGAAAAGUUAUGCAAUCAUUGUGAAAAUUGUGACUUUUAAACCAAGGCCCGGAGGGCCACGUGUCAUAUACCAUUCGACUUAGUUCGUCGAGUACGCAAAAUGUCUGUAUAUGUGUAUGUGUGUGUAUGUAUGUAUGUAACAUUUUUUUGUACUCACUUUUCUCGGAUAUGGCUGAACUGAUUUUCAUGAGCUUAGAUUCCAAUGAAAGGUCUUGUAGCCACAUACAAAUUUUUUAUUCGAUUCCCACUUCCGGUUCCGGAAUUACAGGGUGAUAUGUGCAAUAAAAUGAAAAUAAGUGCACUAAUAUUUCUCAGAGACGGCUGAACCCAUUCUUACAAACUUGGAUUCAAACGAAAGGUAUAAUUAUCUCAUAGAAUGUUCCUGAAUGUUAUUUCGAUCCGACUUCCGGUUCCAGAAUUUCAGGGUGAUUCGUGUAAAAAAUUCUAUUUCAAAUUACUUCCUCAAUUUUCUCAGAGAUGGCGUGAUCGAUUUCAGCAAACUUAACUUCAAAUGGUCUCAUGGUCCCAUGCAAAACUUCCAAAUCUCACCCUUGUCCGACUUCCGGAUUUAUAGGGUAAAGUGUGUUAAAAAUUUGAUACCGUCACUUAAAGCGGCGAUACAAAACAAAACAUAAACAAAAAUUUCGAACUGGUCUCGAAACUAUUUCAAUAGCCAUUAUCAGAAGACAAAUAAAAUAAACCGAUUCCGGCUCUCCUGGUUCCCGGUUUCCGAUUCCGGAAGCACCGAAAAUAGUAAUCAUAAAAAUGGAUCUCAGUCAUAUUUCUCAGCAAUGUCUUCUUGUCCACUUUUUCACAUGGCUUGUCCACUUUUUCACAUAUACUGGUAUGUUGUACUUGAUGUUUUCAUGCUCUACAUAGUGCACAUUGUUAUUGUCUUUAGCGAAUUAAAUUGCAUCCAACUCUUUGUAAAACUGGAUGUAAACAACAUUAUUUAUCUUGUUGCAUUGAAGUAAAUGCACACUUUAAAUAUCAAGAUGCAUUCAAGUUCUCGUAUCGAAAGUCGAAUUUUGCACUGCCUGAAGUCGACAAUAAUUGUGUUCUUUCGUAGUGGCGGCGGAAGUUUGUGUUCGUUUGGUUCACUUAUUUCGAGGUCGUUCUAUUGUUCACUACACAAAACUGUACUUGGUUUCUUCCGAGCCAAAGCGGUUUUGUUUUAUCGACUGACUUGGAUGAGAUGUGAAGGCGAACUGAUUUUUUUUAACUGAUUUAAUAUGUUUACUUCAUUGAAUCAUGUAAACAUUUAUUCAGCCUUCUCUUUCACAUCGAAAAUGGCAAUGUGAGGGUGAUUCAAAGUAAAUGUGGAACACGUAAUGAAAAAUGUUAAAGGCUUUCGGUACUAACAGAUAGAUAACAAUUCAGAUUUGAUACCAUUUAAAUUUAGUGUUCUUACGAACUUUUGAACUACCGGUUCUUUUAGCGAAGUUUCAAUCUUUCGUCUGAUGUAGUACUCAAUUCCAAUACAGAGUAUCUUAUUUUUCUAUUCAAUGUUAUGCGGGCAUCGUAUGAUCCCAAAUUAAUAUUUGAAUACUUCCUAAUAGUACUGUUGUUGUACCGUUGAAUUCCACUAUGUUAUAUCACGUCAUUACACUCUCACAAAGUCACUAUUUUCACAGUCACUAUUUUUCCGAAAGUGUAUCAAACGUUAUAAUACAGAUACGUAUUUCGGAAUGCUAUUUGCAUCCUUCUUCAGUGUAUCGGUUUUAUAAGUUUAUUAAAUAAAGUUUAUUAAAUAAACUUAUAAAACCGAUACACUGAAGAAGGAUGCAAAUAGCAUUCCGAAAUACGUAUCUGUAUUAUAACGUUUGAUACACUUUCGGAAAAAUAGUGACUGUGAAAAUAGUGACUUUGUGAGAGUGUAAUGACGUGAUAUAACAUAGUGGAAUUCAACGGUACAACAACAGUACUAUUAGUGAGAACAUUCUACUAACAGCUCAAACAGAAAUUUAGUGAUUUGAAUACUUAUUUGACGGAUGCCUAAUCGACCAUUCUCAAAAAGGCAUGAGAUAUUGAUCAUCGUAAGCCACUUACCUUUGUUUGCCCACUAAUGAUUUAGCAUUUAUCGUUACAUCAGGAACUCUCAUAUUGAUUUUUAACAUCGUCAGAGUACUGUUUACAAACAAUCUCAUAUCGUACAAGAAUGAAGUUUUGUAGCCAUUUUCUGUUAUGGCGUUUUCGUAAACAUUGGAUGGCUCAUAAUUCUAUUUCAAAACUACUAUGUGGUGCUCUCAGUAUUUAACUAGCUAUCAAGUUUUUCCGUCUUGGUAAAUAAGAAAUAAAACUUGGCUUUUGGUGACAGCAACUGGACGUGAUUUGAAGGAUGUUCCUGAAACGGUGGAUGUUUACAUUUUUCUUUCCCAUAUCUUCCUGUUCUUAAAAAAUGACAAACAUAGAAAAAUCUCGCCUCCUGUUCAUUUACCGUCGUGCAGUGCUAUACCAAAACAGAGAUGUAAUUCAGAAAUGGAGUGAUAAUGACUUCCUUAGUUCUAUGCUUCCAGAACUGUUUACAGGCAUUAUUUGAAUCAAGGCUCAACGCCAUCGAUUACUGAAAAAACUUAGAAACUGAACAUGAAUUUAUUAAAAUUUAUCAAUCCUUCGGUGGAGAAAAACCUAAUUCCCUAGUACGCCUGUGUUAUAAUAACAGAGAGCAAAACUUUAGCUCUUGUCCCCUGCCCAUUGAUUCCUUGAAAAUAAUCAAAAUAAUUCGAGAAAAUCGCUUGGAAAUUCAUUGUGUCCAUAUUAUCAUUUGACCACAACAAUCAGCGAGUCACACUGAAUUCAUUUUGUGUAUUGUUUGCGAAUAAAUUCAGAGACAUGGCUGCAGAAAAUAUUCUCACCGCAUUCAGUGGCCAGUUUGCUCACCUCGAUUGGAAUAAAAUAGAAUAACAUUGAAUGCAUAAAUUUUGGAACAACAAAUGAUAAACCGUAAAUGUAAUAUUUUUGGAACACAAUAUCAUGAAUAAGUUGGUAUAGCGUGCACACACCUACUCAUAAGAAAGCAUCCGUAACUGUAAAUCAGAAUUAAAACAAAUCGGUGUGAUGUUCGCACCAAAAAUCUACACUUGUAUACCAAAUAUAAAAAUCAACAAUAACAAAUCAAUAGAGCAGCGAUCACUAAAAAGUACAAUCGAAAUUAACUCACACACGCAUACCAUAGAACAAUGCGGAAGUCGUUUUUACUACUUCUUAUAUCGUGUGUAGGCUCAUAAUGAGCAUCCAAAAUCGUACUCUCCAUAUUCAUUUAUUACACAAUCUGCAUUGUCACGUAAAAUAUCUCAGAAAAAUAGGACAAAUAAUGUAUUCGUUUGAUUCUCAAGGAGAUCUAGUUUCCUACACAAUAAAUCCAAUUCGUUCCGCUUUCCACAAUUCCUUUUAAUUAGAGAAAGGCUGAACAUAUUGUAUUUAUAGAAUUUUUACAAGUUUAAGCUGUCUCUAGAUUCAGAAAGAUACAAAUACAGAAUUUAUACAAAGUACGGUAAAUAUUUUAUUACAAUUACCCGCUUGAAGCUUACAUAGAAAAGAAAUUGAAACAAUAAUCUAUUGACCGAAACAAAACCGUGCGGCAUGCUAUGUUAAGGUAGUUGCAGGAAUAUAUAGCAAUUUAGAAUAAUAUUGAGCUACUUUUCUUAAAUAAACAGCAAACAUCAUUCAAAUUACUGUCAUGAAAACAUAAAAUGUACGAAUAUUAAACCGAUGAGUCAUGUAAGUUUAGGGAAUAUGCACUAUGAAUCGAACCGAAUCGUGUUUACACGUGUGCGUGUGCAAAUGCUAAGGUUAGGUAUCAUGAAACGCUUGCUAGCAGCUUUGAGCAAAUCGAUGACAUUCAGCGCUAAUUAUGACUGUUUGGACGUGUUUAUUUUGCAAUAUAAUUAUAAACAAAAUAAAAUCAGUGUUGCCAACUUAAAUGUACCGUGAAAUAAUGACGAACGAUUCAUUUUCAUUUCAAAAUAACAGAUUUGUAGAUAUCUCAUAAUGUUGACUAUAUUUUUCAUGAGUUUUGUCCAAACUUUACCAAAAGCGGAACGAAUUAAUACAGACGCACAAACCGUGGCGCGAGUAGUUAUAAAACAUGUUCAACUGUCAUCAAUUUACUGUGACAAUAGUAAAUAGAUAAGGGAAAAGUACAUACACACACUUACCAAUUCACAUAGAUUUUAAAAAUGUAUCAACGGAAUCAAGGAGGAUCAAUUUUGAACAGAACAUUUCCUUCAAUGCAAAAACACUAACUUAUCAUGUGAACAAAUCGAUUUCCAGGUUUUAUUUUGAAAUAUUGUUUCGAAACAAGUCAAAUGAAAUGAAAAAUAUCGCAUAUCCAUGUAGAGACCACACUGCGGUGAGCAAAUUUCACGAUCAUCUGGAUCUGAAAAAUAUCGAAAAUGAAAUAACGCAAAUUUCAGUCACAUAUCUACUUAGGUUUUAAACGAUUCCCUUGUGGGUUAAAGAACUGAUUAAACAUAUAAAAUACAGAAAUGGUAGAAAACAAAUCUCUUGUUUCGUUAAUGACUGAAACAACUGAUUCGUCUUCUAAUUAGUUUAAUUUUCGGAAAGAUCAUUGUACCCAAAAAGUAUUACCUGUAAUGUUAAGCGAGACAGUGCAACACUCAAGGUUCUACUUACGGUCUUAGAAAACAGUCAUUGUUGGAGGCACUACUACUCCGCUACUGUUCCAUGAAACUUCAAGAACAAAUCGUCAGUUUAUAUAGAAACAUUAAUCAAACAAACCGAUAUUUCUCUUUAGUAUUUUAGCUCAACGACAGUGAAGUAAACUGCUUUUGCAUUUUGCAACAAUGGCCGUUUUCUUAAGAUUGUAAAUUGUUCAUUAUGGGAAAUAUUUAGUAAGACCGCUAAAAGACUUUCAAUAGCAUUUUUCUUUUGAAUAAUGUUAGAAUCCAUUUCACCAACAGCAAACUGCAUUUAACAAUUGUUUUGACUAGAAAAAAUUAAAUUUAAAUUGAGUUUCAUAAAAUUUUCGUUCUAUUAUGGUUUCUAACAAAGCAUAAAAUAUUGAGGAUUGUUCAUAAAAAGCACGCAAAACUCUAGGAACCAAACUUUUCCCUAAUCUGAACAGGUACUAGAUAUCUACCCAGGUGCUUCUAAUAUAAUCUUUCCUCCCUUGUGAGAUAGUUUAGAAAUCCACGUAUCGAUAUGAAAAACAUUUUACAAAGACAAAGCAAAUUAUAGUAAAUCAACAAACACUCUAUAUGUGUAUAUUGACAACCCUAUAUUAUGAGUCAACAUCUAGUAAGUAAAAAGAAUAACUUUGAAUAUAUAGAUGCAAAUAGAAAUCUCUACAAUCCCAGGUAUGCACCAUGUAUACCUAAAAGUUAGAAUUUUUAAUCGUCAGAAAAAACCCUAAUAAUUAACAAAACGAAUAAGCGACGAUAUUGUUAGACCACGAUUCGUGGCAUUUCUCAGCUUUUCUUUUGACUGUACAUAUUGUAUUGAAAUUUAAUCAAACAUAGUCGAAUCAUUAGUGAAAGCAACAAUAUCGUCAAUAAACUAAUCAAGAAAAGAGAAGAGCAACCCGUGUGGAAGUAUAAGGCACAUAACUUACAAAACAAAAACUAUAGGAAAAAUAUGAAUACUAAAAGGAAACAGUAACAUACUUGAGCAGCAAAAACUUACUGUAACGUUGUCCGUGUGUGUAUGGUAUAAAAAACUAAAAGCAUAUAUCUAUAUUUUACCAAAUACGAUAAAUUUACGUAUGCGUAAUGGAAAACAGAGAAAUAUCAAUUAGCCAAGCAAACGGAAAAAGAAAUGUAGCAGAAAAUAAAAGUUGGAAAACAGUUCAGCACGAUUGGGUGGAGAAUUUUUUGUAUUGCAUGACCAUGUAGAACUAAAAUGCAAGCAAAUUAGAUGAACCGUAGAAGCAAGUAUGUAAGGCGCAGUAUAUAGAUGUAUAGACAAAAUGCAGAAUUUCGAACUGAAGCAGUUUAAAAGAAAUGAGUGUGAAAACAGGAGCAGAAGAAUGAUAAAAUAUAUGAGCUAUUGAAAUAUAAAGACGAAAAUAA